UGCGUGUUGCCAUGGUUACAUGCGUGCGUGUAUAAAGGCUAGCGCGAGCCCGUGGCUAGAAGUUAGUUUACCUGCAACGCUUCAAGGGAAAUUAAAAGAAAUAAAGUAAAAAUACUGAAUAAAUAAACAUGGAGAAAUGCGAUAUUAUUGAUUUCUCAGCGCUGGAGAAGGAACUGGACCGCGCCAUCGAAGCGGAUAAAAAAUACCAGAGAGAAAACGAGGCGAAAUUCCGCGCUAUUCACCAAAAAGUGGCCACUUAUGAAGAGUUCCGGGACAUUGUGCAGGCAUCUCACCUAAAGCCUUUAGAGAAAAAGGACAAAAACACACCCCGGAAACAGCCCUGGAACCCCAUCAGUGCCAUAAACACACAGCUGGAACACACCAGCACAGACUCACUACAGUCGGUGCUGAGCGAGUCACAGCCUCGCAGCGAGUCAGAGUUCAGUCGAGACUGGCGCAGGUUCCGGGGCCGCUCCGUGGAGAAAUACGCUCUCCUGCUCAGACUGGGAGGAGACAACCUGAGGAAGAUCUUCCACACUGAGGUGAGCUUCGGGCUCCUGGGCGAGUUCCUGUUGGUCCUGAGCGAGUGUUUCCGUCCCGGGGACGAGGUGGGGGUGACCGGAGUGCUGCAGGGACUCUCGCUGACCGGACGCUUCGGCCUCGGCGUGUCUCUGCUCAGCGAAGACGAGAGACGAGCGUGUCAGCGUCUCUUCUACAACCUGCAGGAGACUCAUCCAAACCUCACCCAGAGGGAAGGAUCUGCAGCGUGUGAGGAACAGGCCGAGGAAAACAUCAGGGAUUUGAUGGCAAAGUAUGGAGUUUGUGGAAAUGCAGAAUAGACGGUUUAAUGUAAAAAAAAAAACGUUCAAAAAUAAACAUUUUAAAAACAGUUCAUUUUCCUCCAGAGUUUUUAAAAAGCAACAAUUCAACCAACAGUAAAAUGUGCAGAAACAAACAAACAAACAAACAAACAAACAAAUGCUGA